AUGAUUUGGGAAGGCUCAAAGAGGAAUCAACUGAUUCUUGGAACCCCAUUCCUUGCUACAGCUGGAGCGGUCCUAAACUACUUUGGGAAUCAUCUAUCUUUUGGCCACAUCCGGCAAGAUAUCUUUUUCCCAAGUGUAAAUUUCAGGUCAGUGCCAAGUGCGACCAAGCUACCACCAGAAGAAGCCACUCUCAUUACCAAGAAAGAAGCUAUGCUGCAUGGAGAAAGAAGAGAGAGAAUCAACUCCAUCUCACUUCCAACCUUUGAUGAAUAUGGAGCUGAAGAGGAGACUAAUGGUGCACCUAAUCUCUUUCACAAGAUAAGAAUCUUUACACCAAAAGAUUCGGAGCUUAAAGGUGACCAAUCCAUUGAAGAGAAGCUUGAGAGAACUAUGAAGCUUUUCCCCAAGGCAUUGGUUUUCAAAGAUGAUGUGAGAGAUGACUAUGGCGCGCAACACCACCACAAGAAGCCACUGAACCGGAGAAUGGAGAAGCUAAAGGGAUCCUUUGCCCUUCAGCCACUCUUCACCACGAUUGAAAGAAAGAGAAGGAGUCAAGCUAAAUGA